AUGACAGCCCAGGAAGACAGGGCCCAAGAUGAAGUCUCUACCUCACACUCAGCUGAAGGGAGUCGGGUAGCAAAAGAAGUAACCAGGGAAGCUGAAGAAGAUAAACAGGAACACAAAGCCAUGAAGAAUGAGGAGAUUGCUGAGCUCUUGAAGGCCAUGGAUAUCAAUUUUAAGCAGCAUGUCGACUCUCAGCUGGAUCGUUUCACGUCUCUGUUGGAGCAACAUCGUCUGCGCACGGAGGAGAAGCUUUCUCAGUUCUCCCCUGCGCCUACUGCUCCACCUGCGGCACAGGUAGGCACGGUUGCUCAGUUUCGGGCGGAAUUUGAGAGUCUCAUGACUCAGAUUAGUGGGGUUUCCGACUCCAUGUUUCUUAAUUUUUUUAUUUGGGGAUUGAAGCUGGAUAUUAGGCAUGAACUACUCCUUGUUGCUUCGACUGACUUAGCCGAUGCUAUGGCUAAAGCUCAGAUGUAUGAGGAUCGCCAUAUUGCCUUCACCAACCGAUCCACUCUGGUUGGGACUCGUUCCGGGGUGUAUUCGGGGAAAGAAUCGUCUCGUGCUCUGCCAUCCUUGUCACCUUCUGGUUCAUUUGUUUUGUCUGCGAAGGUCUUCCCUACACCUAAGUUCCCUAUUAAGCGACUCACUCCGGCAGAAUUGAAAGACCGCCGUGAAAAGGGGUUGUGUUUCACUUGCGAUGAGAAAUUCUAUUUCAACCACAAAUGCAAGAACCGAAUGAUGGUUCUGUGUUGUAUGGAGGAUGAUUCAGAUAGUGCCGAAUUUCCAUUGGAGAAUAGCGACAGUGAGGCGGGGGAGGAGGUCAGUCUACAUACUCUAGCGACUAAUCCCAAAAAUUUUCGGCUUAUGGCCACUCAUGGACUGAAUCAGUUAGAGGUUCUCAUCGACACGGGCAUCAAUAUGAAUUUCAUCCAGGAGGAUUUGGCUAUCAAACUUAGUCUUCCUCAUGAGGACACCAAAUGUUUCUGGGUUUAUAUGGGUAGCGGUCAUCACCUCACUUAUUCUCAGCAGUGCAAACAGGUUCCAUUAGAGUUACAAGGUCACCAAUUCCUUGUCGAUUUGUUUGUUUUACCGAUUUUGGGAUUGGAUGUUGUUCUCGGGAUGCACUGGUUACAGACAUUGGGUCCGUGUAUUCAUAACCAUAAGGAAUUAACUAUGGAGUUUCAGUGGGAGGGACAGACUGUGCGUUUGGAAGGGAACACAAAGGUGCACGCUUGGCAGGUAUCGUUUUCGCAGCUAAGUUCCUUACUCGGUGAUGAUUCGGUUAGCUGUUUGUUCCAGCUAUCGGCGAUCACUUCGGACUCUACUCCAAUGGGAGCUGAGUUGGAUCAGCUUAUGUCGCAAAUUCCUCGAGCAGGACAGGACGUUCUCCGUGAGUUUGCCGUUGUGUUUUUUGAGCUGAGUCAACUGCCGCCUAUUCGACCCAUGGACAACCGCAUUCAUUUGGCACUAGACUCAGCCCCAGUCAACGUCCGACCAUACUGUUAUCCUUAUUUUCAAAAGGAUGUCAUGGAACAGUUGGUACAAGAGAUUCUUGCGAGCAGGUUUAUUCGCCAUAGCACCAGCCCGUUCUCGUCGCCGGUGUUAUUAGUCAAGAAAAAGGAUGGCACAUGGCGCUUUUCCGUGGAUUACCUCGCUCUGAAUGGAAUCACCAUCAAAGAUCGAUUCCCUAUCCCCACCAUUGACGAGUUGUUAGAUGCAUUUGGCGGGGCGACCAUUUUUUCUAAGCUGGAUUUGCGGGCUGGGUAUCACCAGAUCAGAAUGGACUGA